AUGAGAACGAAAAAUUCUGUCUUGAAAUUGUCCAAAGAAAUAGACAAAUAUUGUGAAAACAAACCUUCUCAACUCUUUUUAUAUAUGUAUAACCUGAAGAACCAUCUCAAUAUGGGUAUUAGACUUGUUCGCAGUGCCCUUUCAAUUCUAUAUAGGCUUUAUGUAGUAAUAGAAGGAAGGAAUUUUGACAUGAUACCAUAA